CAUUAAUCUCUAUUGCAGAAAUUAUCGCUGUAAUUUCGGAUAUUGGAUGCAAUGGCAAAGUAAUGCAAUCAGAAUUGUAGUCCACUAGGCAAGACAGCCGCCAAAUAUCGCUGAUUUGACAUAACUUGCAAACCCGGAAAUAAAUAGUUCCUUGCCAUCAUUCUCGCCGAUGUUAACGGGUAGUAAAAAUAGCCUCGUCUCAUCAAGCCAACGAGGAACCCGACCCCGCCAUGAAUGAAUCCCUACGUUUAGUCAUUCGUAUUCCUCCCUCGCCGUGAUAGCCAAGUUUUAGUUUCAAAUAAAAAGACGCUUUCUCAUUCGUCUGCUUCUGCGAAACCUUAUCAACCAACCGCUUUUCUUUUCGUCGUCAAGCUUUGCAAUUUCUACUUGAAAAAAAUAAAUAAAUCGGGAAUUCUGUUGUGAUUAAGGUGUAUCAGGUUGCCUGACCGUUCACUGUUGCCGACGUUGUAACUGAUUUGCUCCAAAAUGGUUGUGAAAUUCUACAUCUCGAUGAUUUCGGGAAAUAAAGAGAUGAAAAAGCGACAAAUGAAGGCACAGCUUAUCAUGGAGAGCAAAGGUGUCAAUUUUAAGGUGAUAGAUAUUUGUGACCCAAACAAUGAUGAUGAGAGGACUUUCAUGAGGAAGAAUGCUGUCGGCAGGAACAACGCAAGGAAUGCUGUUCCACCACAGUUUUUCAAUGAUGAUCAUGAAGAUUCUUAUUGUGGGGAUUAUGAAGGGUUUGAUGAGGCAGUUGAAAAUGAUCGUAUUGAAGAAUUUUUGAAGUUACCUCGUGGAUCCCUUCCUCAGGUACCCAUCAUCAAUCACAGUAUCUCGGCUCACAGCAGUAGGGAUGUCUCAUUGGAGAAAGAGGUUGUUGCUCCCCAAGUCAAUGGAGCUGUCCCUAGUCCCAGACAAAGUCCUGAAAAAGUAAAAGAGAAGGAACUGGAAGUUAAAGAGAAAGAAGAGGAAGAGGAGGAAGAAGAAGAGGAGGAGGAGGAGGAAGAAGAAGAAGAAGAAGAAGAAGAAGAGGGUGAAGAUGAAGAUUCAAUGGAAAUGGAGACAACAGUGGCCACUGCUGACAGUAUCACUGAAUUAAAAUACAAAAAGCUACCUGGGGGAGAUGCAACAACUGCUAUCAUUACCGAAGAGGAAAUGAAAGUAGAAGAAGUUAAAGAAGAGCAAAAUAAAGAGGAAGAAGAAGAAGAAGAAGAAGAAGAGGAGGAGGAAGAAGAAGACGACGAGGAAGGAGAAACAGCUUUACCUCACGAAGAUGAUCCGAUGGAGAUGUCGACAACGGUGGCCACAGCUGAACGUUUCACAGAGUUCUCUUACAAACAGCUUCCAGGGGAAGUUUGAACAACAAAAGAAACCAUUUUUUACAUCAACUGCCGUAUCCACCACCUGUCCGCCAUCGAGUUGGUGUAUUUCUUUACCGAUGGUACCAAAGCGAAGAACAUUUGUCGUCAUUUUGAAGAAUUGGGUGAACUGCUGAAUUGGAUUAUUAUAUACAUAUUAAUUUUUCUUUUUGUUUUUACCGACCUUUUUAAAUUUGCUCCCCUCCCGUUUAAAUCUGCCCUCUUGAAAUCUUAUUUAAAAUACCCAGCCUUUUAAUUCUGUUACGUUUACCUGUACGUGUGACUUUGAUGUGUGUAACAACUUCCCGUGUAACGUUUAACUUAAAGUAACCCUGGAAAAUUUGACUCAAAAACAAAAAUUGUAGCGAAAGUUGUUGCUCAUUGUUUUCUUUAUGAUUUUCGAACGGAAAACCAAUUAUGUAGGAUAAAUGAGGGAGAACUUUAUAAAAAGCAUUUCAGUGACUA